UUAACCAGCGACAGGCAGACAAAACGGCGCCGCUAGCGGACAUUACGCUGUUCUAAACGCCACCUCCCGGUUAAAAUGGCGUUCUAAACGGCCGAUAGGCGACGGUCAGUAUAAAAAUGGUGUCGCAUGCAGGUCUCUCGGCCAGAAGAAGACGGAAAAAGAAUGAGGCUCCGGUUUUUUUUUUUGUUUUUUUUUUUUUGAAUAGAAAAGGUUUUUUAGAUAUUUUUGCAGAGAAAAGAACGAGGCUCCAGAUAUUUUUGCUGAGAAUUGCACGAGGCGCCACAUUUUUUGUUGAGAAAAGAACGAUCCUCCAGAUUGUUUUUUAGAGAAAAGAACGAGGCUCCAGCUAUUUUAGCAGAAGGGACCUCCAGAUAUUUUUGCAGAGAAAAGCAUGAGGUUCCAGAUAUUUUUGAGAGGCUAUUAUGCCUCCAAAGAAAGUUGGCAGCGGCAAGGACUUUUUAGGCAAGAAGAAGCAAACCAAGAGGCUAGAAGCAGAGAGGAGGCCUGUGGUGGAGACAGAGGAGCAACAUGUUGAGGAGGGGGAAAGGGAGGAAGAAAAGGCUGAGGAUGCUCUCCCUCCCCAUGCAGAGGCAUGUAUUCCUGCUGCUCCAGCCGCUCCAGGUCUUGAGCCAGGUGGAUCCAGAGAGCAGUCUGCUGGGGAGGAAGUGCAUGUCCGGGCCAAGAAGGAGAAACUGCAGCUGACGAAGGAGGACGAACAGUUAGUAGCAGACUUCUUCAACAGCCAUCCCAUGUUCUGGGACAAAGCCCACAAAGAGUACAAGGACACCCAGCUGAAGGGUCGCAUGCUGGGAGACCUUGCCAGGACCCUCGCCACCACCUGCACAGCCCUGCAACUCAAGACCUGGCUUGAGUCCAUGAGGACAGCAUUUGGGAAGCUGUCCAAGCCCCCUCCGUCCGGCGCCCAACCGAAAGCGGUCACGGAGAAGGAGGUAUGGAUCCUGAGGAACUUCAGCUGCUGUGGGAAGCAGAUCAAGCGACAAGGGAGGACAGCUGGGGAUUUACCCCCUGGUUCUGCCUCGUCAUCCAGUAAGCGAGCCACCCCACCUUUGCCCAUCUCCAGCGAUGACGAGUCUGCUCCAGUGCUGGUCCUCGAUGAUGAGGUGUCCAAUGCAUCCACGCCCAGGAGGGACAGCAAGGGAGGGCCCUUCAAGGCAAGGAAGAGGGUGUCGGACACAGAGCAACUACUGGGCAAACUGACUGACCACAUGAUCGGCAGAAUGGAGUCCCUGGAGCCUGCCCAUGCCCAAGUUGGACCCCAGAACCCUGCAGACCAAAGGUCGCGGAUGAGGUGGGCUGUCGUCAAGUCCUGGUAUGAGCAGUCCCUGACCAUGGACGACAUACAGUUCCUGGACUUGGAAGCGGUGGUGAAUGCUGAGCUGCACAAGUUCCGCAGGUGGCAGGCGAUGCAGCAGCUGUCCAUGGGACCACGACCAGCACCACCGGCGUCAUCCAUGGCACCACAACCGCCACAUACUGCACCACACCCACACUCGGUGAGCUCCAUAUACGGCUUAGGGCCCACGUCGUACCCUCACUACUACGCGAGUCAAGGGGGCCCGAGCUACAUGUACUCCAGCCCUUCCAAGGCCUACUGGAACGCCGGACCACCACCCACCCACGGUCAACAGCACCCAGUACCUGUCUCCCAGUACCAGACCCUCCAGAAUGUGUCGUCCGCACACCGGCCCACGACGUCCCAGCCCCAGCCUGGGACAUCUAACGAGCCGGCUGCAUCCACCAGCACAGCGAAUUACUCUAUAGAGAUUCCAGAGAUUGCCAUCUCAGGUGUUGAAAACAUGUUGAAGGACAUCGGCAAGGGGCUGAAUAUCAGUUCCAGCUCUCAGUGACAUUUGUUCAUUGUUUAUUUAUGUUAUUUGUUAUGGGUUUGUUGGGUUUUUGGGGAUAUUUGUUCUAGUAUUUGU